ACCAGUACCCCCACACACUAAAACCCUAAUUCCAAUUUUCAGCCUAAAUACGUGAUUUCACCUCAACAGCUGCCUUCUUCUCCCAUCUCAAAUCGAGAAACACUGCGACUAUGGGUGCGUAUACGUAUGUAUCGGAGCUAUGGAGGAAGAAGCAGUCGGAUGUGAUGAGGUUCAUGCAGAGAGUCAGGUGCUGGGAGUACCGUCAGCUUCCCUCUAUUGUUCGGGUCACACAUCCUACCCGACCCGAUAAGGCCCGUCGCAUGGGUUAUAAAGCCAAACAGGGCUACGUGAUUUAUCGUGUACGUGUGAGGCGUGGUGGAAGAAAGAGGCCCGUUCCAAAGGGUAUUGUUUACGGAAAACCUACAAACCAGGGUGUGACCCAGCUCAAAUUUCAACGCAGCAAGAGGUCUGUUGCAGAGGAACGAGCCGGAAGGAAGUUGGGUGGUCUUAAGGUUCUCAAUUCUUACUGGCUUAACGAGGACUCUACAUACAAGUACUUUGAGGUCAUCUUGGUGGAUCCUGCACAUGCUGCAAUCCGUAACGACCCACGUAUCAACUGGAUUUGUAACCCGGUGCACAAACACAGAGAACUUCGUGGACUAACUUCUGCUGGAAAGAAAUACAGAGGUUUGCGCGGAAAGGGACACUUGAACCACAAAGCUCGCCCUUCCAGACGGGCUACAUGGAAGAGGAACAACACUCUUUCCCUUCGUCGUUACCGUUGAAAAUUCUAUUUUUUGCAAGUGUUAUAUUUUGGUGGUUAUCUUUUCAAUCAGAAUUUUACUAUGUGUUUUGAGACCUGCAGAUUUGUUUUUAAGAAUUUAAGCAGAUUUGUUAUUGAUAUAUUUUGAGAUUUGUACCAAAA